CGCACACACAUACACACAUAUACACACUCUCGCGCGCGCGCACGCACACACACACACACAGACACACACAGACACACACGCACGCACACACGCGCUCGCGGGCGCGCGCAACCCGGACCCCGGCGUGCACACGCACGGGAGCGCGCGAGCGAGCAAGACGCGCACACCCGGCGAGCCAAGUUCCGCAGCCUGGCAUGGCUUCUGGGGACCUUUACGAGGUUGAAAGGAUUGUGGACAAGAGGAAGAACAAGAAGGGGAAAUGGGAGUAUCUUAUCCGAUGGAAAGGCUACGGCAGCACAGAGGACACCUGGGAGCCGGAGCAUCACCUCCUGCACUGUGAGGAGUUUAUUGACGAGUUCAAUGGGCUGCAUGUGUCCAAGGACAAGAGGGUGAAGUCAGGGAAGCAGGCCGGAGCCUCCAAGCUGCUUCGAGACGCCCGCAGCCUGCCAGUGGAGAGACUCUCCCAUCGGCCUCUGGAACCCGGGAAGAGUAAAUCAGCUUCCCACAAGAGGAAGCGCGUCAACUCUCCCCUGUCCAGGCCCAAGAAGGGGUCUUCGGGAAAGGCCCCCGGGGCUGGAGACAGGGCAGCCAAGACCGUGUCCUAUAGGACUACUCCCAGUGGCUUGCAAAUCAUGCCCCUGAAGAAGGCCCAGAACGGCUUAGAGAAUGGAGAUGCUGGCUCUGAGAAGGAUGAGUCGCAGUUUGGAAAUGGUUCCCACCAGCCAGACUUGGAGUUGAAUGACCAGGCUGCAGAGCAGGACACCAGUGAUUGUGACGGGACCCACUCCACGCUGGUAGAGAACGGAGUUGGCUCUGCCCUGACCAAUGGAGGCCUGAACCUGCACAGCCCUGUGAAGAGGAAGCUGGAGACAGAGAAGGACUACGUCUUUGACAAGAGGCUCAGGUACAGCGUCCGCCAGAAUGAAAGCAAUUGUCGAUUUCGUGACAUCGUGGUGCGGAAGGAAGAGGGCUUCACCCACAUUCUUCUGUCCAGCCAGACUUCGGAUAACAAUGCCCUGACACCUGAGAUCAUGAAGGAAGUCCGGCGAGCGCUGUGCAAUGCGGCCACAGACGACAGCAAGCUGCUGCUGCUCAGCGCAGUGGGCAGUGUGUUCUGCAGCGGCCUGGACUAUUCCUACCUGAUCGGCCGGCUGUCCAGCGACCGGAGAAAGGAGAGCACGCGGAUCGCAGAGGCCAUCAGAGACUUUGUGAAGGCCUUUAUCCAGUUUAAGAAGCCCAUCGUGGUAGCCAUUAAUGGGCCAGCUUUGGGCCUGGGAGCCUCCAUUCUACCCCUCUGUGACAUCGUAUGGGCCAGUGAGAAGGCCUGGUUUCAGACACCAUACGCUACUAUCCGCCUCACACCUGCUGGCUGUUCCUCCUACACCUUCCCCCAGAUCCUGGGUGUGGCGCUGGCCAAUGAAAUGCUGUUCUGUGGGCGGAAACUCACUGCCCAAGAGGCAUGCAGCCGGGGACUCGUGUCCCAGGUCUUCUGGCCCACAACAUUCAGCCAGGAGGUCAUGCUGCGGGUGAAGGAGAUGGCGUCUUGCAGUGCUGUGGUUUUGGAGGAGUCCAAAUGUCUGGUGCGCAGCUUCCUGAAGUCCGUGCUGGAAGAUGUGAAUGAGAAGGAAUGCCUCAUGCUGAAGCAGCUCUGGAGCUCAUCUAAAGGCCUGGAUUCCCUGUUCAGCUACCUACAGGACAAGAUCUAUGAAGUCUGAAGGGCCCCGGCUCGCUUGCCUCACUGCUCGAGGGUACCUGACUUUCAGCUAGGCCCUGUAUUUCUACCAUCGGAGCCCAGGGUCCAUUCUAGCCAGGAGUUUGUCAGGGUGUGUCUUUACGCCUAGGGUUGUGUCCAUUCCUUGUGUCCUUGGUUGUUCCUCAUUGGUUUGAUUUUGUGUGACGGUGGGAAGUGCAGCACCCUUGGCCUCCCUGUGUCCCUAUCCCAGCCAGCCACAGAGCCUUCCAGGAAAGCAUCUUCCUAAGGCUCUGCCAAGUACUGCUGGCCCUUCCCCACUAGCUGAAAUGCUCCACCACCAUGGUCCAGAAGGGGAAGACCAACCUCCCCCAUCCUCCCAACUCAGGCUGUGUCUACACAGUGCCUCCAACUUGGAGAUGAGGCCAUCAUGGUUCUCUGGUUAAGUGACCUGGGACCAGGGAACAAUCAUCUUAGGGAAUCCACAGACCAAUGAGCACGUGACUACGUAGGCCUAUAGGCCCGGCUUUAGUCUCCAGUACAACUCGGUGUGACUCUUAGGGCUUGGUCUUAAAACCCAGCUGACUGAUUUACAAACCCAGAUGUUGUACAUUUAGAAAUGUUUUGU